AUGGUCAGCUCCUGUUGUGGCUCUGUCUGCUCUGAGGAGGGCUGUGGCCAAGGCUGCUGCCAGCCCAGCUGCUGCCAGACCACCUGCUGUAGGACCACCUGCUGCCGGCCCAGCUGCUGUGUGUCCAGCUGCUGCAGACCCAGCUGCUGUGUGUCCAGCUGCUGCAGGCCCCAGUGCUGCCGCCCUAGCUGCUGUGUGUCCAGCUGCUGCAGGCCCCAGUGCUGUUGCCCUAGCUGCUGUGUGUCCAGCUGCUGCAGACCCAGCUGCUGUGUGUCCAGCUGCUGUCAGCCCACCUGCUGCCGCCCCAGCUGCUGUAUCUCCAGCUGCUGCCAACCCUCCUGUGGCGGUUCCAGCUGCUGCCGUCCCUGCUGCCGCCCCUGCUGCUGUCUGAGACCAGUCUGUGGUCAGGUCUGCUGCCAAACCACUUGCUACCGCCCCACCUGUGUCAUCUCCACCUGCCCCCGCCCCAUGUGCUGUGCCACCCCCUGCUGCUGA